GAUGUAACGGUCGCAGGUAACGGCCAAACCAUCCCGACGCAGGCGGCGCAUGGGUCUGUGCUGCAGCGGCCAUGGACACGUCGUGUCCGAGUCUGCGUUUGUGUUUGAGGGGAAUGCAUACAUUGGCAAGGGGUCGCACUCGAAGGUAUUUCGCGCAAAGUACAAAACGACCGGCGACAUCGUGGCCAUCAAAAUGAUCGUGAAGGACGCAGCGCGACAGGAAUGGCACAACGAAGUGGCCGUCAUGAAGAUGCUCGAUGUCCAUCCCAACGUGAUCGAGCUCAAGGGAACGUACGAGACUGACGAGUUUGUGUGCGUCGUGAUGGAGUACGCGGCCGGCGGGGAACUCUUCCAGCUCCUCAUUCGGGACGGAGCGUACUCGGAGGAAAUCGCACGAAAGUUCAUACGCGACACGCUGUUGGCCCUGGAGUUUCUGCAUGAUCAAGGCAUCGCCCACGGCGAUUUGAAGCCCGAAAACCUUCUCGUGACGUCCAAGCACGCACAGAAGGCGCGUGUGAAGCUAGCCGACUUCAGCAUGGCCGCCAUCAUGACAGUCAAGCACCUUGUGGACAAAGAUGGCCUUACGUGGGCGUACUGCGCGCCAGAAGUCCUGGGAGAUGAACACACCACUGUCAACCCCAAGGGCGAUAUGUGGAGCGUCGGAGUCCUCUUGUUCAUCGUGCUAUCUGCCAUGCACCCUUUUGACCUGACUGGACGAUGCAGCAAAGAAGCCAUCGUCAGCGCCAUCUUGGCAUUCCAAAUCGUCCACUUCGACGACUCGCAAGGGUGGGGCGAUGUGACUGCCGACGCCAAGGACUUGAUCCGCCGGCUCCUGUGUCGAGACCCGACGCAACGACUGUCUGCGAAAGAAGCGCUGCAACAUCCUUGGUUCGCCCAUGAAUCAGCGCCGACUUUACCUCUGCAAUGCUCGUUGCGCGGCGACCUCAACGUGUACAUGCGCAGCAUGCAAGCCCGGUUCAGAACGACAGUCGUGGUGGCGAUGGCGGCGCGGAGGUUUAGCAGUCUGCACAAAAAGCCCGACGACUUGUCCACAUUGAUCAGUCCCCAGGACGUCGUUGUCACACACAAGUCUGUCAUUCGGCAGGAGACGAUGGAGCCGAUCCACGACCGAGAUACCUCGAACAACGCAACAUCGCCGCCUUCCCCGGACAGCGCGGCGCCUUCACCCGCAGAAGGAGUUCCAGCCAUGCCGCCGUCAUGAUUGCAUGCAUCUCAGCAUCUAACCUUCGGGGACGACCUGUGUAAAUGAAUACUUUGGCUGGUU